AUGUCUGACGUAUUUCGCAAAGUUGGCCGAGGCGGGGCAGGCAACUUUUACUCGAAAAAGGACGUGGAGGAGGCCGAGAAAGCCAAGCCCGAGGACAUCGAGGCACAGAAGAAUGCCGCCGCAGCGACCAGUCCGACAUCGCCCACCAACGGAUCGGCCUAUGCACGCGCCGGCCGCGGCGGGGCGGGCAACUUCCACGAUCAAUCCUCCCUCCCAGAUGCCAAGCAGCAGGAAGAGGCGGUCGGCAAGACCCGGGCAGCGGUGAACGCCAGCCUGGCUAGAUCGGCACGAGGGGCAUCGGGGCGCGGCGGCGCGGGCAACUACGGCGACUCUACGGUUCCAGGGAGCGAGGCGACGGACGAGGAGGUCAGACGCAAGGAGGCGUUGGAGAAGAAGAUUAUCGAGGACGUCGAGGCUGGUCUUCCCAUGCCGCCCAAGACGUAUUAUCAUCAUUCUACAAAGGAGGGCAAGGAGGUUGCCUGA